CUCCCUUCUCUUCCUCUCUUCGCUCUCUUCUCUUUCAUUCCUCAUCCCCACACUCGACAUUCAUUCAGCUAUGUUCUCUGCUCUUCGUCAGCCCCUUGCUCGCGCUACUGCCGCCAAGCCCUUGGCCCGCGCGUUCUCUGCUUAUAGCCCUGUCCAAAAUGCUGUAGCUCCAACAAAGUCGGCGAACUUGGAGUACCUCUUGACCGAGACCCGUGGACGCGUUGGAGUUGUGACGCUUCAUCGCCCCAAGGCCUUGAACGCGCUCUGCAACGGCCUCUUUGUGGAGUUGAACCAGGUCCUGAAGGAAAUGGAUAACAACAAGGAGAUCGGGGCCAUUGUCCUCACUGGAAGUGAGCGCGCUUUCGCUGCUGGUGCCGACAUCAAGGAGAUGAAAGACAGGACCUUUAUUGAGAACUAUACGGAGGACUUCUUGGGCCACUGGACCCAGAUCACCAAGAUUCGCAAGCCUAUCAUCGCUGCCGUGAACGGAUUCGCUCUUGGCGGUGGAUGCGAGUUGGCCAUGAUGUGCGACAUCAUCUAUGCUGGCGACAAGGCCGUGUUCGGUCAGCCCGAGAUCAAGUUGGGCACUAUUCCCGGAGCCGGUGGCACGCAGCGUCUGGUCAAGGCCGUUGGCAAGUCCAAGGCGAUGGAGAUGUGCCUGACUGGAUCUGUGAACUUGACGGCUGAGGAGGCCGAGCGCGCGGGUUUGGUCAGCAGGGUGCUGCCUGCGGAUGUUGUGGUGGACGAGGCCGUGAAGACGGCGGAGAAGAUCGCGGGGUUGUCGCAGCCGAUUGUGCAGAUGGUCAAGGAUGCGGUUAACCAGUCGUUUGAAAUGCCUCUGUCGGCUGGGUUGACGUUCGAGAGACGGUUGUUCCACUCGACGUUUGCGUCCCAGGACCAGAAGGAGGGUAUGAGCGCUUUUGCUGAGAAGCGAAAGGCCAAGUUUGUUCAUAACUAAGAAGGGAAGAAGGGUCUAGUACUCUCAGUUCUCGCACCAACAGUUACUCAGCAACAGCAAAAUAAAGACAAGGCGUCAAUUGCCAGGUCUGUACUCUGUGCGUAACAGCACAAAGCAGCCAACUAGAGCAUUGUUGACCCUGGAAAAGGCGG